UUGUGAAUUGUUAGGUUCUGAAUUCAUUACUUUUGAUAAAAAAGUGUUCUCAGCAUGAUUCGCAGCCAUUUGUCUGGUAUCAACAAGGAUACUUUGGAGAGCGCUGCAAAAGACCAUUUGAGAAAAUACAUCCCUCUGAUUGUAUGGAUAAUAAUUCAAAGUGUAACUGGAAUUGUUGGAAAUAUCUUGACUAUAACAUAUUACGCUUCAAGACCGAAAAAGCGAUCAACAACAGUUUUCAUAACUGCAAUAGGUGUAUUUGAUUUGUUUGCGUGUUUGUUAAUUAACACAACAAUCGGGGCGUUGUAUGUGGACAUAGAUCAUACAAACCGGUUUCUCUGUAAAGGGGCCUACUAUAUUAACCACGUGAUUGUUCUUUCAUCCGCCAUGAUACUGUGGUUUAUAUCUUUAGACAGGUACAGAAAGAUAUGUCAACCACAGGGAUGGCAGCUCCGUAUCAAGUCGGCAAAACUGUUCGUAAUUGGUGCUUAUUUCGUUUCGAGUUUUAUUUCCACAAGGGUGUUUAUAAUUUAUGACAUUGUAAGUGUGAAUAUUACGUGGACUUACAACAAUAUGUCGUACAUCAAAGGGCACUAUUGUACUACUUCAGUUCAGGAAAGCCUUCAAAAUGUCGUUUUGAUAUCACACGUGAUCGAUGGCGUUACGUUUGCUAUAAUACUGACAACGUUCGUGUUUAUGUAUGGAAAGAUACUAAGAGUAUUACGGGAUCAUAGAAGUCAAACGAAGACCAUGCGAUCAGCAAGACGUAAUCCAGGCCCAAAUGUGUAUUUCAGAACUAACGACGACGAACCCAUAAUGACUGUUCUCGACCUUGCUACAAUAUCGUUCGAGGGAAACAUAACACAAAAGAUCAGAUCAAAGGUUCUGAAAACGUCCCAAAGCAUCACAAUACGGUGGGAUAGAAACACUGCAAUAUCCCGGAACUCGAGUUCGCCCCGCCUCCGACGAUUGAGGACAUGCAAAUCUGAGGACAACCUGUUAGCCAAAACUUCUAGCAAAGAUCUAGGAGAUUUUGAACAAGGAAGCCUAUACAGAAAGGCAAAAUCAGAGCAACGAUUUGAUAGGAAAAUUGUGAUGAUGCUUUUAGCCGUUACUGUUGUUUUUGUCGUAUGUUUUAUGCCAUAUUUUGCUGCCAUCUUCGCAUUCCGAAGUGCGUCACGGGACUAUGACCUUGAACUCUCUCCUAUGGUACAAGCUGCCCUUCGCAUGCCUUUUCUGAACAGCGUUGUUAAUCCUAUAGUGUUUUAUGCAUGUGAUACAAAGUUUAGGUAUUUUGCAAAGUAUUGUUGUAAAAGAUAAAACAAAGCAAAAGUUUACUUAUUGACAGAAAAUCGGUGUCUUUUGACUAUAUAGCAGUAUGCAAAAAUGCGUCAUAUAUAUAUAUGAUAAACACUCUUGAUGUAAUACAGAUUUGGAACGUCUUCUGGAUUGGUCUGAAGUACAGGGGUUGGAUCAACACGAAUGAAAUUUCAUACUAUGGUGGCAAAAUACAUCUGUAAUUUAUGGUCGAUAAGCUAGCGAUAGACAUGGGUUUAUGUUUAAACUUUUUACUACUGGGCUUGUUUCUGUAGCUCUUCGCAUAAAUAUUGUUUUAUUAAAUUCCCUCCACCAUAUUGUUCAUGUAUUAAGGAGAAAAUUAGAAGUGAUACCAUUACAACGAAAUUGUUAAUGCAAAACAAAGGUAGUUGUUUUUGGCACUAAUAGGCCGACUCGCUAUAAUUUCAAAAUAGGAGAAAAUAUAAUAGAAACGGUUACUAAAUAUAAAUACCUAGGAGUAUUCUUCUCAAGCUCUGGAAGUUUUCUUAACGCAAAAACACAUUUAGUUGAACAGGCCAAAAAGGCAAUGCAUUUACUAUAUAAACGUAUUUACAAUCUAGAUAUACCGACAGACUUACAAUUACAAUUAUUUGACCAUACAAUAUUGCCAAUACUAGUAUACUCUGCUGAGGUAUGGGGCUAUGAAAACCUAAAAAUUAUUGAGCAAGUUCAUCUUAGUUUUCUCAGAAAAAUAACAAAAACUAAAAUGAGCACGCCUGCUUAUAUGCUGUAUGGUGAAACUGGACGAUAUCCAUUAGAAAUUACCAUAAAAUGUAAAAUGAUAAAAUUCUGGAUAUCCAUUCUUCGAGGUAAACAAACUAAAUUAUCACAUAUUUGCUGUAAGUCUAUGCAAAAUGAUAAUUCCAGAUCUUUUAAAUGGACAGAUCACAUCAAAUCAAUUUUAGAUAAAACUGGGUUUUCAAAUGUAUGGUUAGAACAAUCUACAAAUAUAAACCCUAAUUUACAUAAAUGUGUUAAACAAGUCCUUAUCGACCAGUUUAAACAAGAUUGGCACUCUGUAAUGAAUAAUUCUUCUAAAGGCAAAAUCUACUCACUGUUCAAGGAAACCCUCGAAUUAGAAAAAUACUUUUUAAAUCUUGCUCCUAAUUUGAAACUCUUUAUGAGUAAAUUCCGUAUGGCGAACCACAAAUUCCCGAUAGAAAUAGGAAGGUAUAAUAAUGUUGACUACGCAGAAAGAUACUGUCAUAUUUGUAGGUCAGACCUUGGUGAUGAAUACCACUUCUUACUAGUUUGCCCAUCCUUUUCGAAUGUCAGAAGAAAAUACCUACCAACCUAUUAUUUCAAUAGGACAAAUACAAUCAAAUACAAGGAACUGUUAACUUGCACAAAUGUUAAACUAUUGACAAGAGUAGCCUUAUUUGUGAAACAUUUAAUACGCAACGCAUGUCAGCCAGUGUAAUUUCUCUAGGUUUUUGUUAAAUUAAAUUAAUUAUACUGAGUUCCCCAAUAACGUUUGUAAUUUAUUUUUACGAUAUGCUUGUCCAAGGCACAGACUUUGAAAUCUGGCACUAUAUUGAAUAUCCCUUUUAUCCCUCAUAUUUUGUAAAGAUAUUUAAAAUAACUGUCUCCCUCUUUUCCAUGAUAAGAUAUAAAUUCGAUACAUGUAUGACCAUGAAAAAAAUACAAAACCAUUUUAUUCCCGCCACUCGAGACAAAGCCUCCCUUCUUCGUAAUAGUAUAAUUAAGCUUCUAUUGACACUGCUGACUAAACUUAUUUGUCCUCAUGUUGUCAUGUAUGUAUGACCUGAGUG